UUAACAGAAACCGGAAGGGAGUGGAGGGCUCGAGACGAACAAGACAAGCUAACAACAUGGCGUUAGGAGAUGCGUGGAAACAAAUAUCUUGGUUUUACUAUCAGUAUCUUCUUGUAACGGCGUUGUACAUGUUGGAGCCUUGGGAGAGGACCAUUUUCAAUUCUCUCCUGAUCUCAGUAGCAGCCAUGGCUGUAUACACUGGUUUCGUGUUUAUGCCUCAGCACAUCAUGGCCAUUUUAAACUACUUUGAAGUGAUUCAAUGACCUGCACUCCAACCCUUCAGGAUGCCUCAAGGUUUCCCCCUGGUGGUUUGAAACAGGAGUUCUCCAGCCUGAUUUAUUUCUCGUUUAAAUUGUUGAACUGAAACAGGGGAAACCCAAUGCUGAGCAGGCAGAGGAGUCUUAUAAACCAGUCCAUUGUAUCAUCUCUGGCUAUGGACCCUGUAUGAGUGCACAACCUCCGAGACUCUAAGUACAUACUGACCUGUUAGUAAAUGGGGCCCUGAUAGUCAGCGAUCAUUGUGUAUAAAAUGCUGCAGUUUUUAUAAUACUUUUUUCUUUGUGGCAGUGGUUUAUUGAGAAUGCUAAAUAUUUCUGAUGAUAAAUGUGUAUAUUUCAGUGUAUACAUAUUUGUAAAUGGUUUAUAAAAAUUUAUUUUGACUGGUGAUUAAAUGAUUGUUUGCCACAGUGGAGCAUUGUAUACAUUGUAUAGAACUUGUAUUUUUUGAUGGCCUUCUGUGUGGGUCAGUGCAGAGUUGUGCCUGUACAGUAAAUUGAUUCAGGCUGCUAUUUUAAAACUAAACUGGGUGAUAACACAAAUGGCUCUUUCUCCAUGCAUAUUAAUAAAAUUAAAAACACACAUUUCAGCUUAAACCUGUUUUACUUUGUUUAACCUAGAUUUUCUUUUAGAUACCUUUACAGAAGUUUUAAGUUAUUUAUUUAUCUUCAUGGAGUGUUUUUUGUGUACUUUUUACCAUGUUACUGUCAUUUUGGCUGAAAGGCAAAUCUCUUUGGAAAUGUUUAGCCUCCCAAUUCUCAAGGUUAAUGAUCUGACACGCACUAAAAGAGGAAUUUGUUUUUGAUGUGGUUAUCAGUCAGGAAACUAUAGUUUAGUCUGCGAGGACUAAAAUUCCUACACUAUGCUUCAAUAAACAUACUUUAUUAAAUCUU